UAUCUGUAGUCACUGGCGAGUAUCAAAGAAGGUUAGAAGGUUAGAAGGAAGAUGUGAAGUAGUUGUCAAGUUCUGCACGCUUAAAACGCCUGAGUAAUUUCUUCGAGUAUUUUGCAGAAUAACGUAUUAAAAAAUGGCUGCAAUAUUGCGCGUAAAACGUCGACACGACGAUGAACCUUUAAAUGCUUUAGUAAUUUCAUAUAAACGACAAAAGACAAAGGAAACUGAAGAAACACAGUCGGUUUCACCGGUUCCUUUAGCAACACUUGCUAAGUUCGCUGGAACUGUUAAGAAACAGGAAGAUAGUGUUGGUCAUUUAAUUCAGACUUAUGGAAAAGACGAAUUGAAAGAAAACUUCAAACAACAUCCUGUGGAUAUUUUAAAUAAAGUAAGGGAGACAACUAAACAGGCUUCAGCAGAGAACCGUUAUAAAGUGGUCAAUUAUUUUCGCUCUCUAGAUGAUGCCAAUCUCAAAGAGUUUGAGAAUAAAGGCAUGACAGUUAUAGAUUUAGAGGAUUCUAAGUCUAUGGCAAAACAAGAUCCUGUAGAAAAAGAUGAUAGUUAUGUAUAUGAUCUGUAUUAUGUGCAAACUGAUAAUGACAUGUACAUAGAUAAUAUGUUAUCUGUGUAUCCAUACGAGCAAGAAUUGGUUUAUGAUACCUAUAGAGAAAAUCAUUGUGAAGCUGAAUGUGAAUCAGAAGAUUCCAAUUCAGAAUCUAAUUGGAGAAAUGAUUAUCCUGAUUCUCCUCAUUCUGAAAGAUCAAUUAAUGAGGACGAUAUGAGAGAGGCAGUUAUGAACAUGAAAUUGGAUGAAGGAUCUGAUUUGUCUGAAGAAGAUGAUUUUGUCUAUGCGGUUGAUGAAGCUGAUGUAGAAAAUUAUGGUUAUAAAUAUGCAAGGUACAAGGCAAAAAUAAAAGAAGAAUUAGAUGAAGAUGACGAGGAAAAUCAUUUGAGCGAUUAUAGUGCUAUAUGCUUUUCGGAAGAAGAGGAGGAUAAUGAUUCCAUUGUAGAUAGUGAUUUAGACUAAGCUGACUAUGUGAUAUUGAAUUUAAAUUAAUAAGAUACAAAAUAAUAUAAUGUAAUUAGAUUUAGUUCUUUUUUUUAUACUGUCAGAAAACAAUUAGGUAAGCAAUGUUUGUAAUACAGUUACACCUUAUACUGUAUAAGAUAAUUUAAAUUAGUGUAAGAAACAUAUCUUGUUUUCUAAAUAAACCAUGUAAUUUAGAUCAUUAUUUUCAUUGCAUAGAAGUAAGGGUCAUAAAGAUCUUAAAAUUUUAUUUCAUCUAUAUAUUUAUUACAUAUUUAUAUAGAUAUAUUUUGUAUGUAAAAUUCAUCUAUCAAAAUAAAAACAAUAAAGGUAAGCCUAGACGUUCAAGUGACAAAGGAAGGUGUGUAUAGGUGUUCAGAAAAAGAAUCGUUUUCGACGAUAUGGCAUAUAAUGAUAUACCAGGUUUAUAAUGUGUAACAAAUUGUUGGAAGUACCAGAUAGAGAUUUACAAAUUGUUUAGCAAUAAAGUAUCUCAUCUGUAA